CAGCUAGUCGAUGGCCUCGGGUGUCCAAAAACCAGACAUGCGUGAGUAAAUUGAUCGGUUCGUAAGUAGUAUGGACAUGGGUAACACUGAAUCACUACUUUGACUUUGAUUGCCACUUGUGGCAUGUGGCUGAUGCUAUUGGGUAAAGUGGCUUCCAAAAGGUAUUUCUAGGAUGUCACUGGAGAGGUGUGUCUGGCAUUAAAUCUUCCCCGUCAACGCAGAAACUCAGAGCUUAUUUCUUGGAAAAUUAAACACCUCACAAAUAAUUCAAGCAGUCUCAGCUUUAAUUUUACUUCAAUGGGUUCUACAACAAUGGAAAUCACACGAGAUCAGUGGGCUGUUCUGAGAGACUUAUAUGCCGGCGAUCGUACAAGUCUCACGGGAUACGAUCUGUUAGAGUUCUUUAUAAACUUCCAGCCUUUAUCAGAUGUCGAGUCUAUUAAGAUAUAUACAACCGAUCAGAAUUGGUCCGUCCAUGGCAGCUACAUUAUCAUUCAUAAAAUGACCAAAGUGUCAUUUUUGUACCUUGAUACAAUAAAAGGACCCCUCAAGGAUCUUGGAUCUUUAUUAUGUGCUAUAAAUAUCAAAGGUUAUCAUUUAAUUAAUGCCUAUGGGGAAGACUUUAAGCCUCUUGUCGAACAAUACUGGUUGAAAAGAGGUCAAGAUCUGAAUAAAUUGGAACAUCAGGGUACUGUGGUUUAUCACUUGCCCAGUUCUGAAGUUCAAAACUUGAAAACAGAGGAUGUAAACCCAUCUCAUAAAGUUGAUUAUCUUGGCGAAGAACAUGCCGACUUGAUAGAUCAGCACUGGGCUUAUCGCUCCGCCGAUUCUUUGACUUUGAUAAGAGGACUAAUGGCACACCAUGUCAGUGCUGGUGUGUUUAAUUCUAGCGGAGAGCCUUUAACUUGGUGUCUCAGAUCUCCCCAUGGAAGUCUGGGGAACUUGUAUGUCUUAUCCGAUCAUAGAAGAAAGGGCUUGGGGUCUAUGGUUGUGCGAUUUAUGGCCAAGGAAAUUUUGAAAACUGGCUCUGAGGUUUUGGCCACAGUUGUGUUGGAGAAUAAAAGUAGCCGCAACAUGUUUGAAAAAAUGGGUUUUAGACCCAUUAAUACACUUUAUUGGGCAGUAAUUCCAUAAUGCCAAAUUUUUUAAAUUUAUAAUUUUUAAUAAUUGUACUACACCCUAGUCUAAUUUAUUUAUUGCUUGUAAUAAAUUUCAAAUAAUUCUUUA